GGACCCAUUUAGCGUUUGUACACGGAUGGUACACCUCACCGGAUGUUGUUCCGAAAGCUCACAUGUUGACAAGUAAAAUCGUUCUUUUUUUUUUUACUCUAACGGUGUUUAGGUUGUCCAUUUAAACGCUAGACGUUCCGAAUCAUGUCGGCGUCGAUGGUCAGGAGAGGACUGGAGCUGCUGAGCAAUGACAUCAAAAGUGACAUGAGGGGGAAGAAGAAGAAGAAGCCGCCCACGCCCAGCUCCGCCACAGCGAGGGCGCUGGUGAGCACCAAGCGGCAGGGCGUGACCAGGCAGGUCAAGCGGCUGCAGGGGCGCCUUGGUCCCGGCAAGAGCAAAGCCACGGUCAAAGACAAGAGGAUCAAGUGUGUUGUGGAGGUGUUCCGAAAGAAACAGCGGAAAAGUCUGAUGAAGCAGAACCUCAAAUUUCUGAUGAGAGACGGAUUUAAGGCCAAAAUGUCAGACACGUUGAAGAUCCAGAACUACAACACAGGACGGCAGUCCUGCAAUCCUCUCCACGAGGAUCCUCAGAAGCCCGAAGACACGCCGGUGUUCACGGAGGAGGAGUUCGAGAACUUCCAGAGGGAAUAUUUUGGCGCAAACUAUAAACUCUGAGGAGACGUCACGCUGAUCGACUGGACGGAAGAAUGGACUCACUCAAGUAACAAUGUCCAGUGUUGACUUAUUCUCAAAUUCCAUUAAAUAAAUACUCUUGCCUGUGAGUUUUGAUGCCAUUCAAAGUUAAUGAAUUUCUUACAUGUGUAUUUAUAUUAAAUGUGUGACCUCACAA